AUGUUAGGUGCUCCAUCCCUUACCACGAUUCCAUUUGAUGUUUUUUAUAUGAUAGUUACCUUUUUGGAUGGCGUUGACUACGUCCAUUUAAGCCACACCAACAGCACUCUUUAUCUUCUAUUGGACAAUGACCUGAUCACGCGAAAGAUUGUCGAAAAGGAACUCGCUUAUAGUAAGGAGGGACGCGCUGCCUUGAUUGACCAAUCUGGUUACCGUAGCGCUAUCCUCCAUCGUUUCAAAAUUAACGAAGCCGUAGCUACUGCUACUCCGUAUGCAGUGGCAAUGCUAGCAUUUGCGACUGAUUUCCUCUUCCAACAAGGAAUCCUAUGUUAUCAGGUUGAGCAUGAAAUCCGCCUGCUCGACGUGCAUCAUGGCGGCCGGCGAGAGCGCCUCUUGGAUUUACACGAGAUUAUUCCUCGGUUAGACAGUGGCCUAGUAGCGACCGGACUUGAUCCUAUCAACCAGGUUACACUCCUCUAUUUCAAAGAUGAGAUCCUGGUGUUUCGUAUAGAGGGAUCUGGAGGGCAGAAUAGUUGGUUGAUUGCUAUAGAUACAGCCCUCCAACAGACUAGACGCAAACGACUACUCCUGCAACGGCCCAUUCCCUCGUCAACCCCGAUCUUUGUGCGGCACACUCGUUCGUAUCUAUGGUAUGGCACCUUCACAGCUACGCAUGGCUCGCAAGGGCGUUGGGUAUGCUAUGGUGUGGAUAUGGCUACCAAUGAGUUUAUUGCAGUCGAUUUAGAUUGUGCUGUGGACUGGGAGAUUGGCCGGACCCUUUGUUUUGACAUGUACCAGGACCACCUGUACGCCGUCUCAACGCUGCCGACUACUGAUGGCGAUGAGAAUCAUUCUUUCUACCAUUGGUCCUGUUAUUCACCCCGACAGAAGGACCAGAAGUGGAGUGGUCUCAUAUGGCGCCGUGAGCACCGUGAAGGUCCAAUAAACGAGAUGUGGAUGUGGCUUUCUAUUCAAUUUGAUGAAUCUACCGGGCGUCCUACGAUCACUGAAUGUCGUCGUGAAUGGCCAAAUGGGAGCAGCGAGAACUAUCGAACACAUUAUUUCGCGAGCCUUUAUACACCCGCUGAAUUACGGCUGAAGUACCCAUCAUGGAGGGAAAACUUCAACGAAGCUAUCGGUGGUCCGGAGAAUAGGCCUAAGAAUCGACUGCAACGCUACUACCAUCCAGAGUAUGAAAAUGAGGACCCAGGUCAACGACAAGAAUUUAUUGCUGCGUACACUAAAUACCACUGUUACCAUUUCGGCGCCUCAACCUUUUUCGAUAUUGUGAAUGAUUCUAGGAAUCGAGCAGAUUGGGGUCGCAGUCGAGAUCGCCUCCGUCUCCGAACAAUUUCGCGAAAGCGCAUAUGCCCAACUGAUGGCUGUGGUAUCGCCGGAGAACGGGGCCUCCUCUUUCCAUCAACUCAAUCUGACGCGGAUUCUCGUCUUAUCGAAGGAUCAGAUGCACGCUUCGCUUCCCGUGGCAUGCAUAUGUGGCCUCCGGAAGAUGCCCCCGCUGAACUCUAUCGUCUCCUCUGCCCUUCCUCGUGUUCUGGCAAGGUGCGGGCCUUCUUGGACGACCGCACCCUCAUUUACUCCGUUGCUUCGCCAGGUCUACCUCCUGACCACCUAGCAAUAAACCUGAUAAGUUUCGACCCUAUGCUUCAUAUCCCUACUCUGCUACCGCUGAGCACAUCAAAGACACCUCACCAUCAGGAGAGCCCCUUCCCGGUAGCUCUGACGAAGCCAACAGGGUCAAUUAAACGCCUUGUUAAGGAAACUGACCCUCUUUACUGUGUCAUAAACAGGGGGUAUUGGCUUCGAUAA